AUGCCUAUCCCCUCAAAAUGGUCAAAGCCAAUUCUUAUCACGCCUCCAGAAUUCCGAGAUUCCGGGUCGCCCAGCGAAUUGCCUAGCGCUAGCCUCUUGGCUUUGAUACGCCGCCAAAGCGCUGUUUCUCCGAGAUUUUUGAAAGCAAUGUGCCACGCCAUCUACGCACCGUUAAUUUGUGUUGUCUCGUUGUUAAUAUCGUUUUUUGUAUGUUAUGGCAUAGCCGUUGGGAAUGAUCAUGUGGAUGCGUGGUUGCCCUAUAUUAGUGAUUGCGGCAAUCUACCCCCGGAGAGCUGUAUUUUUGGAACUUUCAUGGCUAUUGGGGCUUUUGCCUGGGCAUUAACUGUCUACUACUUGCACCGUCAAAUUUUACGGCGUUGCGGAAGCCAAAACUCUCGACUUGUGAUAUUUGCGUAUUUUAUCCUGCUGCUCGGCUGGCUGUCGGCGCUCGGGAUUUUGGUGGUUGGGAAUUUUCAGGAGGGUAACGUACUCGCCGCCCAUGACGCUGGCGCCUUCACUUUUUUCUUUGGAUUCGUCUUCUAUUGCUUUGGCUAUUACGCCAUCUGUUUGGCGCUGCGGAAUCAGAUCGUUCAUCAGUCCUACACCUUCAUUAGAAUUAUCUUGAACAUCGUGAUAUUGGCUAUCUUGAUAUUUCAUAUGAUAUGUCUUUUUGCCGAGCCAUUCGUCCAAAGUCCGGGCGGCCUAACGCCUACCAAACCCGAUUUUGAGAACGGGAUCGAGCGGUAUGAUGUGGACAGCCCGUUCUACAACAAUCACAUUGCCACGACGCUCUCCGAGUGGAUUUUGGCGCUGUUGAUGCUGUUGGAAAUUGCAACGUUUGUGAUUGAUUUGUGGGAUUAUAAGGACUAUCGUACGGUUACGCAAAGCGCUUCGGAAAUUGUGGGGUUUACCGCCGGCCCGAGCGGCCCAAUUACGGCAGCCUAUGACAACGCGCUGUUCGACGACCCGCAGAUGAAAGAAGUACAUGCUACACCCGCGUACGGUUAUGACUCAGAUACGAUCUAUCGUAAAGGAUUGCCCCGCGUGACGAUGACCUCCCUCGACCGUAACCAAGCGUACCGGGACCCAUAUAUCAGCCGCGAUCGUGACGGGUACACGUUUGAUGCACAAUAU